AUGUCAUUGUAAAUUUACCCUUUUUGUACACUCUUAAAUUCUGCUUUUUUAGGAAUCGAGUUACCCCUAGUCAUUAUACAAACAGCAUUCAGACCUAGUAAAUUACGAAUUUCAAUCAAACACAACCGAAUUUCAUUUCAAAUAACAGAGCGCCUUAUUUCUCAGCAACUUAACAGAUAAAUGCUGAUAUUCAUUCAGGGGUAAAUGUCAACGGACAUUAAAAUCGUGCUGCAGCAUCAGCAUCAGUUAGAUGAUCAAAAGAUCUUUAAUCGGAUAACAAAGAUGAAGGUAAUAAAUUUUCAAGUUAUUUUUAUCAAAAAAUAUUCAGAUAUUGAAGCUAAGCUGAGACAGUUUGUGACAUAAGUACCUCAAGGUACAGACCCCACACGCCCUUAGAUCAAUGUUAACAUGAAUUACUAGCCUCCAAUGAUAAAAGGUAAUCAAGUCAAUAAACAGUAAUAUCCUCAUACUGCUUACUCCUAGUAAAACUCACCUUAACAACCUAAAUUUGGAAGACAAUAGGGUUUUCUUGGCCCACAGAUGGAAAUCUGUAAAGGUAAAAAGACACUUAUGCUUGAUUUGGAUGAAACACUGGUUCACAGUUAGUUCAAGCAAGUUAAGAAGCCAGACUAUACUAUUCCUGUUGACAUUGAAGGAAGACUGUGCAACAUAUUUGUAUUGAAACGACCAGGGGCUGAAUACUUUUUACAGCAACUAAGUAAACACUAUGAGUUAGUGAUCUACACAGCUAGUUUGUCUAAGUAUGCAGAACCUUUAAUGGCAAAGAUGGAUACAGGAAAUUGGUGCAGUUAUAGACUCUUUCGUGAGCAUUGUACAUUUGUUAAUGGGGUGUUUGUAAAAGAUCUCUCUUUAUGCGGCAGGAAUCUGAAAGAUACCAUAAUCAUUGAUAAUUCACCAACCUCCUAUAUGUUUCAACCUGAAUGUGCCUUACCAAUUUUAUCUUGGUAUGAUGACAUGAAGGAUCGAGAACUAUAUGAGAUGAUACCACUCUUGAUUGAACUCUCCAAAAUAGAUGAUAUACGUGAUGUCAUUCCAAAGUUUGUCAGGAAUAAUUAGAUCGAUUAUAAUGUAGCUUUCAAAGUUAUUUCAGCUACUCUAUAAAGAUAAAUAAAUCAAGAAUAGUAAUAAUAGAUAAAUACUGACUAAUCAGAACUAAGAUUAAGCCAAUAGCCUUCAUAAAACACUGAUAUAAUCGAAGAAUAGCAACAUUAAUAGCAAUCAAAGACAAUAAGAAGCAGCAUUCAAUCUCAAAAGGAAUAAAAGUAUCACAGUGUGCAGCCAAAAGCAGGAAUUAAUCACCAAAAAUUAAGAUCUGUUGAUUUAAAGUAGCCAUUGAUAAAUCCCUGGACAAAGAACUAAUAAAGAACAGCAGAUAAUAUUUAAGUUCUUAAAGAGCAGUAAAGUCAUAAAAGAACAAAUAGCUUUUAGAAUGAGCAAACAAUGAAUAAUCAGCUUGUUUCAUCUUCUCUUCCUGCUCCACCAGUCACUAAUAUUACCAACAUUAUUUACAACUUCAAUUUAACUCCAGCACAAUAAUAAUUAAGAGAGCAACAAGAAUUGAAAAAUUCAACCAGAAGACCUCAAACAUCUAAAUAAAACUUAAAUAGAGGAGAUAGUGCUGAAAUAAAACAAAAGGUAAUGCCUCCAGAGAGUUCAAGUCAACUAGCUAAAACAAAGGACUCCUAUAGAAAUAAACUAAAUACCUUGGACGUACUAAAAUCUGAGCUUUAAAAAGAGGAACUAAUGUAUAGUGAUGGAGGUGUUGAAAGAUUAGGCUAUACUGGUUCUAAGUCACCUAACAAUAAGAAAAGACCUUAAACUGGAAGUGUGAAUAGUCGAAUCUAACCGGGAUAUAAGACUUAAAAGAUCGAAGUAGGUUAGCAUCAAAUGCUUAUUAAUGGAACUGGAGAAAGAAGAAGUCAUAGUGGCAUUAAUAAUGUAAAAUAAUAGUAAAAGGGCAAUAGUUAAACUCCCAAAAAUCAACCUAUUUAAGGUUUGAGUCAUACUUAGAAGCUUCCUUCAACUACAUAAAAUAUUAUGAUGCAAAAUAAUGCUCUUGCAAAUCAAGCUAAGUACUACCAAAAACUAAUUUAAGCUAAUGAAGCUAUGUAAUAUACUGAAGGAUCCCCUUAAACUCCAUAAAGAAUAGGAACAGGUUAGGGCCAUUAGCGAGGCGAUUCAUAAGGAUAAGCAAGAUAAAGAUAAAUAACUCAUCCAUCUUAAGCUUAGCAAUUAAAGCUAAAUCCAGAUCAAGUUUAGUUUAGACCAUAGAUGAAUAAUCAAAACUCGAGUAUCACUCCCUCUAGUAGGAAGCAGCCAAGAAGCUAUAGCAGCUCAAAUAACACUGGAAUUAUAAAUCCAGGCAUUUAAAAGGCUCCCAACAUCAUAAUGCUCGAAAAUCAAAAAUAUCAAAUGAAGAACUAUCAGUAGCACACUCCAAAAUAGAAACGCGAGGAUUCAAACACAUAUAACUAUAGAGAAGAGGCAGUAUAAAAUCAGAUGAUUUAAUAAGAAAUGAUUAGAGCUUAGCAGAAGGGCGGUUAACUUGCACUUUCCGAGAAAUAUGCUGCUCUCCUGAAUAAAAAUCUUGAAGACACUUCUAAUUUAGCUAAAACACUUAGGAAUACGUAAGCACAUCUCUAUGAUAAACUGAGGACAAGUCAUCAAAACGCAACAUAAUUCAUUCAGAGAGAUGAGACAAUGAAUGCUUAAAACAUGUCUCCUAAGUAGAAUUAGACUGCUGGCAUUAAAAGCAAUAGAAUAGUGAACAACUUAAACGCUACUGAUAAGCUUAAACUUGAUUAUAGAUUGACCGAUUAUAACAACUAAUAAUAGUCUUAGUACCAAGGAAUAUUCAUGAAUUUUUCGUAGACACCUUAAAGUUAAGUAUUCGCCCCGACAAAUCAAAACUAACGAUACAGUGGAAAGUAAGCUAGUAACAGGUAAUCAAAUCAACCUUCCUAUAGAGCCUCGAUUAAUACCAGAGCAGGAGGAUCAUCUGGAAGCAGUGGACCGAACUUUGGCAUCCAAGGAACAUCCCCUUUGAACGGCCAUGCAAAUCCUAAGAACAGCAAGCAAGGUUUUGAAAUCACCUAAAAAUUUGAUAAAAAUGAACUUUCAAGUUAUUAAUAAGAUGGGAGAAGAUGA